AUGAAUAGAAAGUAUUUUUCUUCCCUUUUUUUAUUUCUUAUUUCUUUUGUGUUUCAAUCAUUUGUUCGUUCUCAUGGUGACCUUUUCAAUGAAUUUGUAACAGAUAUACAUGAUGGAGAACUGGAUAAAUUCACAACAAAGAAUGAUAUUGUUCUGGUUAUGUUUUAUGCUCCAUGGUGCGGUCAUUGCAAAAGACUUAUUCCUGAAUACAAUGAAGCUGCAAAUAUUUUAAACGAAAAAAAAAGCGAAAUAAAAUUAGCUAGUAUUGAUGCCACUGUGGAAAAUGCUCUUGCUCAAGAAUAUGGAAUAACAGGAUAUCCAACAUUAAUAUUAUUUAAUAAGAAGAACAAAAUAAAUUAUGGAGGUGGAAGAACUGCUAAUUCAAUCGUUGAAUGGUUAUUACAAAUGACAGGUCCUGUAUUUAGUCAUGUUGAAGGAAAUAUUGAAGAUGUAUUAAAAGAGAAAAAAAUUAAUGUUGCCUUUUAUUUAGAAUAUACUUCAGAAGAUAAUGAUUUAUACAAAAAAUUUAAUGAAGUUGGUGAUAAAAAUCGUGAGAUUGCCAAAUAUUUUGUAAAGAAAAAUGAUAAACAUAAUAAAUUAUUUUGUUAUAGAACUGAUGAAAAUAAAGUUGAAUAUGAUGAAAAAAUGCCACUUGAAGAAUUUGUUACAUCUGAAUCAUUUCCAUUAUUUGGAGAAAUAAAUACAGAAAAUUAUAGAUUCUAUGCUGAAAGCCCAAAAGAAUUAGUUUGGGUUUGUGCUACAACAGAACAAUAUAAUGAAAUCAAAGAACAUGUAAGAUUAGCUGCACAAGAAUUAAGAAAAAAAACACAUUUCGUUUUAUUAAAUAUACCUGAAUAUGCUGAACAUGCUAAAGCAUCAUUAGGAUUAACAGAAUUCCCAGGUUUAGCUUUUCAAUCAAAUGAAGGAAGAUACCUAUUAAAGAACCCAAAAGAAUCCUUAUUAAAUCAUAAUGCUAUUAUUAAUUUCUUUAAAGAUGUUGAAGCUGGAAAAAUCGAAAAAUCUUUAAAAUCAGAACCAAUACCAGAAGAUGAUAAAAAUGCUCCUGUCAAAAUUGUUGUUGGGAAUUCUUUUGUAGAUGUUGUCUUAAAAAGUGGAAAAGAUGUACUUAUUGAAAUUUAUGCACCAUGGUGUGGUCAUUGUAAAAAAUUAGAACCCGUCUAUGAAGACUUAGGAAGAAAAUUAAAAAAAUAUGAUUCAAUCAUUGUUGCUAAAAUGGAUGGAACCUUAAAUGAAACACCUAUUAAAGAUUUCGAAUGGUCAGGAUUCCCAACCAUCUUCUUUGUUAAGGCUGGUUCAAAAAUACCUUUACCAUAUGAAGGAGAAAGAUCACUCAAAGGAUUUGUAGAUUUCUUAAAUAAACACGCAACAAAUACACCAAUAUCAAUAGAUGGCGUACCUGAAUUUGAAGAUGCCACAUCAGAAGAAUUAUAA